UGCGCUAGGUUGGGAGGGAAUGCCCACUAGAUGCGGCUGCUGAUAAUAGCGUGUAUCAGCACCAGAGCAGUGAUUGAGAGCACAGUCAGAGAGAGGAGGAGAGGAGCAAGGAACAGAAUGCCGUGCCGGAGAGUGUUUAAAUCAGAGCAGCGUGAUUGACUCAGGCAAACAAGGAUAAAAAAAAUAAAUAAAGGGAGAUCUAGAGAGUCUCUCGGAGCGCAAAAUCCUGAGAGGAGAACGGUGGUGGAAGUUAGAAGGCUGUGGGAACUCAUCAACUGAGGUCAGCAGGCAGGAGUGUGGGAUCGAGCAGCUGCUGAACCAAGCCGGACAUUGCUUGGGCUGGGGGUGGACACUCUUUUAGAGGGGUAAAGAGGGGCAUAGGGUGAAGGAAUACUGCUUAAAUUUCAGUUACACUCAACGUGCACCUGCUUGUGGGAGUAAUGCUUCUGGAUAUUACAGCAAGGCUACGGUGCAAGCUGCCACUAAACCGAUUUUGCAAAGCCACUGUCUGAUUGACCUAAUCCUGAUAUUUUGUGUGAAAAAGAAAGACUAGUUUUUUUGGAGCACUAGAGCGCAAGUUCAAGGUUCUGCUCAAAGGCUAUUCCAAGAGACAUGCUAGAGAAUGAAAUAAAGAACGUGGCUUCCGUUCCAGAGCAUGGAGAAGUCAAGUAGCGAGGAAUCCGCCAUCCACCGUAGCCCCUCAGUGGACAGCCACGACUCAGACUUUGCCCAAGCCUCCACCUCCGGGCGGCCGUUUGGAGGACGUGGUUUUACCGCUGGCGCCUUUUACGGGUCCACUGGCCCACGUGCGCAAACUGCUGCUCAAAGCGGGGCGGCUGGCGACGACAAAAGCAGUAAUAAGUACAAGGCUCCUAAAGGCAGCAAAUACGUGGUCUUUUAUCUGGAUCUAUCCUUUGUGUUCCUUCUAGAGUUCAAGAAGUGCAACAUGGCCAGAGGCUGCCUGUGCUGUCUGAAAUACAUGAUGUUUGUCUUCAACCUCAUCUUCUGGUUGUGUGGCUGUGGGCUGCUGGGAGUUGGAAUCUGGCUGUCUGUGUCUCAAGGCAGCUUCGCCACCUUCUCCCCCUCCUUCCCUUCCCUCUCUGCUGCCAACAUGGUCAUCGCCAUAGGCGCCAUCGUCAUGGUGACCGGCUUCCUCGGAUGCCUGGGCGCCAUCAAGGAAAACAAGUGCCUGCUUCUGAGCUUCUUCAUUGUCUUGCUGAUUAUUCUGUUGGCUGAGCUGAUUUUGCUCAUUCUUUUCUUCGUCUACUCUGAUAAGGUCAGUGAGAACGCAAAGCAGGACCUGAAAGAUGGUCUUGCUCUCUACAACACAGACAACAACAUUGGGCUGAGAAAUGCCUGGAAUAUCAUCCAAGCUGAGUGGAAGUGUUGUGGAGUAACCGGGUACACAGAUUGGCAUGAGGCUCUGAAAGAAAAGGUGGUGCCCGACCGCUGCUGUCAAGAGCAUUAUCAGGAGUGUGGCCGCAACUCCACCAACAUGUUCUGGACACGAGGCUGCUACGAGAAAGUUGAAGAGUGGCUUGACGAUAAUAAGCACCUACUCGGAACCAUCGGCAUGUGUAUCUUGGUAGUUCAGCUCUUGGGGAUGGCCUUUUCCAUGACACUGUUCCAUCAGAUCCACAGAAGCGGGAAGAAGUAUGAUGCCUAACGUGGCCGUUUCUCAAGGGAGGAGCCCUAGUGCAUUAUGGGACAGACUCUGGAGGACAGCUCCUCCUCUUGUAUCUAACUUCCACCACCUCUUCCCAUUAUUCCCCAGCUUACACCUUACCAUCCUGUAUAAACUUCAGUCAUGGUCCGUCUCUCUUCCACUCUUUCUCCCCCAUCUGCUCAUCUGCCAAAGAGACCCGGGGACAGAGAGGAAUGAGAAGACCAACUGUUGGCCAGCAUCCUCCCCAUGAGGCCUCUGACUUUCUCCAUCUCCUCUAGAACCUUUAUUUUACGCUUGAACUAACUAACGUUUGCAGGAAGGAGAAUAAUGACGCCAAACUGCGUGGCUUGACUAAUACGUAAAUUGCCCAACAUACAGAGCGAUGAGAAAACAUCAGACUGGAAACCUUUGGGGUGGGACGAAUUUAAAAAGCAUCGCUCAUUAUCCACCUCCAUCUACAGUGUAAAUGACAAACAGCUACAUUUUAGCAUGAUGCAGUUUUGUACGAGACAGAAAACUUUGUCAUUUUUGGCUCAAGACUUUUGUUUUUAUAAGUGACUUUGCCCCAGCCCCAUAAUUGUCUUUUUUUUUUUGCACCUAAUGAUUUGAAGAAGGCGGUACAAGUGUUCUGACUUCAGCGAGGUAUGACCAGGAAUCUGACUUUGUCUUUGUAUGUUGCUACACAAGCUUGUUCUUGUGUUUAAAAAUGUGUGAUUUGAGGAUGCAUCGAAACGUGUCGAAAGUUUCACCCUGAUGAGAACCAUCACAAUCUAAUGUCAGUAUAAUACAUCGAAUAGGGACUGUUUUACCACAGACUAUCUGAUUACCCAGCCACCCACAUACCUGCAAAAACAUCCUAUUUGUUAACCACUAAAAGGUCAUUUUAACUGAACGGCUACUAAAACUCUGUAGCAUUGACAAUGAAGUGCAGUUUUUAUGGAAGAAAUAAGGGAAGGUUACAAGUAGGUAGACCCAAGCAUGUUUAAAAUGCCGAGCUUUGUGAGAUUGACCAUUUCCCCACGUUUUGCUCAAUAUAUCCAAGUCUAUACCCCAAAGAACGUUGAGACAGAGCCUGAUAGCGCAUUUUCCACCUUGUUCAUU